GUCCGGAUCCCCAUUGAUGACAGCUCGGUGGAUCACCGGAUGACAGCGGAGGGGGAGACACGAAGCUGCUCCCAGACGACCGAGGAGAAGGCAGGCAGAGGAGGUGCGAAACAACGUCGACACCAGGAGACACGCAGUGCAUGAUGUAGAACUGAAGAACAGCCUAGCGCCACAUCUACCCAUUCCCAGACGCAGAUGCAUCGGGUGGAGCGGCGGAAUUAAAAGGCCUGCUGUUUCUUUUCGGCUCGGGUGAAAAUGAAGGAGCUGAAGGGCUGCGGAAUGCGCUGCUCCGUGGGCUUUCUGUCCCGCAGGGAGCUGACCGGACAGCCGCUCAUGAAGGAUGAGUUCCAGAGACGGAGGCUGGCAGGCUGCACCAGCCUCUACAAGAAAAAUUUGGAGGGCCAUUUUGGCUGCGUCAACGCCAUUGAGUUCUCCAACAACGGCGGGGAAUGGCUGGUGUCCGGAGGGGACGACCGCCGUGUGCUUUUGUGGGACAUGGAAAAAGCCAUCCACUCCCACUCCAAGCCUGUGAAACUGAAGGGAGAGCACCUGUCCAACAUCUUCUGCCUUGCCUUCGACAGUACCAACACCAAAGUCUUCUCUGGUGGAAAUGAUGAACAAGUGAUCCUUCACGAUGUGGAGAGACGGGAAACUCUGGACCUGUUCCUGCAUAUAGAUGCGGUGUACAGCUUGUCUGUCAGCCCCGUCAACGACAACAUAUUUGCAAGCUCGUCCGACGACGGCCGCGUUCUGAUCUGGGACACGCGUGAGCCGCCACACGGAGAGCCGUUCUGCCUGGCUAGCUACCCGUCAGCCUUCCACAGCGUGAUGUUCAACCCUGUGGAGCCUCGGUUGCUCGCCACAGCCAACUCAAAGGAAGGUGUUGGAUUGUGGGACAUUCGCAAGCCACGCAGCUCCCUGCUGCGCUACGGCGGCAGCAUGUCCCUGCAGAGCGCCAUGAGCGUUCGCUUCAACAGCACCGGCACUCAGCUCCUGGCUCUGCGGCGCCGCCUGCCGCCCGUCCUCUAUGAGCUGCACUCCCGCCUGCCCAGCUUCCAGUUCGACAACCAGGGCUACUUUAACUCCUGCACCAUGAAAAGCUGCUGCUUCGCUGGGGACAAGGAUCAGUACAUCUUGUCUGGAUCAGAUGACUUCAAUCUGUACAUGUGGAAAAUUCCAAACGACCCCGAAGCAGGAGGCCCUGGUCGUGUGGUAAACGGAGCGUUCAUGGUUCUGAAGGGCCACCGCUCCAUUGUCAACCAGGUGCGCUUCAACCCUCACUCUUACAUGAUCUGCUCCUCCGGUGUGGAGAAAGUCAUCAAGGUGUGGAGUCCGUACCUGCAGCCCGGCAGUGAGGGGGACCUGGAGGGCCGGGUGGAGGACAAGUCCCGCAGCCUCUACAGCCACGAUGAGUACAUCAGCCUGGUGCUGAACAGCGGCAGCGGUCUGUCCCACGAUUACGUCAGUCAGUCCAUAGAGGAGGAUCCACGCAUGAUGGCCUUCUUUGACUCCUUGGUGCGUCGGGAGAUCGAGGGCUGGAGCUCUGACUCUGACAGCGAUCUCAGCGAGGAGGCCCUCAUGCAGCUCCAAGCCCGUGGCCGUCGCUCCACACGGGCCACCCCAGCACCGCCUGCCGCCGCCUCUGCUCCCGAUCACCACAGCGACUCCAACUCCUCCUCUUCCUCAUUGGCUGGACCCGAUGCGUCUGCGGGGGAGGAGCCAGCCGGGGACGACGGCGAGGAGGCGCCCCGGAGACCGAGGAGACGUCAGGAACCUCAGUCCAGUUUCCUGGUAAACGAGGACUCAGACUCCAGUGAGUUUUGGCUCGACCCCAUGCCCCGCCCCGGUUCCCCAAGCCCCAGGGAGAACUCCACCCUCUCCAGCCCCAGCUCCUCUCCGUCACUCCCCGCCGGAGCUUCCAGUUCCUCCACGUCCACCUCCAGCUCCAGCAGUGACGACGAGGAGCGCCGCAGCGCCGUCAGACAGCAGAACGUGGUGAGGCGCCGUCGCAUGGACGUCCAGGUUCUGUUUUCAGCCAUCGACUCCUACAGCUACCCCUCGCUGUCGGUCGACGAUCUCUCUUCCUCCUCAUCAGAAGAGCAGAAACCCCUCGAAAUCAGACCCCCGGCUUCUGCUUCCAGGGAGGACGAAAAGCGUCUGAGUCCGUCUGACUUCGUGUGCCCGAGCCCGGUGAUGUCUCCUGGAAGCCAAGAGAACGAUGGGAGUGACAGGAGUGAGCAGGAGGGGCAUCCGGCCGCAUCGCCUCCAUUACUGGAUGCAUGCAGGACUGAGGGGGCGGAGUCAGCGCUCAGCAGCCCCGAUGGCGGCGGCGCUAACGAUCGCUCAGCGGCGGCAGAUGGAGUUUCUCAGAGCCGACACAGCCCAAACGUAAAUGGACAACACAGACCCGUCACACCAGCCAAGCAGCACGCGUCCUCGGAGUCAGAGGACGAGACCGGCACGAAACCCGAAGACUCCAGACGGCAGAAAGAGAAGGGCCUGGUACCGAGCGCUCUGAAGCGGACUCACGUGGGCUCAGAGGAGGGCGAGUUGGGCCUGUCGCCCGCUGAAAAGAAGCUAAAGACAUAACAAAGCCUCCUGUCAUUUGUACACAGAACUAAGCUUAGGAAGUGGAUUUUCUAUGAGUUUUUAACAGCUCAGCUUUUCAUUUCUGACUCCUAGUCAUGCAAAAACGUGACCUCCAGCUGCUAAACAACAGCGCAGAAGGACGGCGUGGUCGGUUUCUGUUGUUGAGCGAACGGAUUGGACCGUAUCUUCAUUGUUUUAGCCCAGUUCAACGGUUACGUGAAGAUAUGAAUAAGCUGCAUAUUGGUUAUAUCUGAGAGGCAUUUAUUUUUUAUGUCACAUUAGUGUUUCUUCCCCCCCAUGUUGCGUAAAUGUCCGCCUGGACCCGGAGCUCAGUUCAGCCCUCUGACAACAUAAAGAACUUCUGCAGAUCAAAAAGUGUGGCGAUAUUAGGAUGCAAACAUUUCACUCUCGGACUGUUUAUUGGUUUAUUCUCAUUUAGUGUUUACGCUGCUUCAGGAAGCCGGAUGAAUUGACUGCCUCUAUUUCUGUUUGUAUUAACUGUUCAUUGAAAUUUAGCUUCGUUUUGUGUUGUUAACAUAAUCUGCCUACAGUUACGAGUCAUCUCACCUGUUUCCUUGCAACUAAAAAAAAACUGAUCUGUGACAAAA